AUGGAUCCUUCCAUGAUCAGUUCGGCACUAUGCAAGCGAUCUCAAGCAAUUUGCCUACAGGAAAUGGUUUCAGAAUCCGGCGAGAAUCCGUUCCCAAGCGAUCAUUACAGUGAUCUUCGCACCAAAGAAAUUUCCACAGCACUUAAAAUGGAGCAGAGUUAUGAAGUAGACAUGGCAAAAGUCGAAAUGGCUAGGAAACUACUAGCACAGAAAGAACUUCUUUUGCACAAACGGGAUUCUAUAAAAUCUGUAUUGAACGCUGCUAACAUUACCGCUGAAGAAUUGCAAACAAAGAAGGAUCGUGUGAAACCACUCAACCUGAAGAGAUCUUAUGUAGAGCAGCUGUUGGAUAACUGUGAGAAGAUCAGGCAGGAGAUCGCCCAAUUGCAGUACUGA